UCGAAAUGUCAGAUUGUCAUUCUAAAAUCAUUGUUAAUAAAGAAUAAUCUAGAAAUCCUUUUCGCGAGCUAAAAGUUAUAAACUGCUAAAAUUUGUUAAAUUCCUAUUUUAUUUUUUCUGCGCUUAUACGCGACUAAUAGAUGAUAACUAGUUUAGUUUUUGAAGGAACAGGAAUUGAUAAACAUUGAAGUGUAUUAUCCCCAGUAUUAACCUACAAUAUCUAUCUGCAGAGAGGUUCUUAAAUUUAACGACGAAUACGUCGAGCUAUAUGGUUAGAGAAUUACGGUCGACGAAACGUAGCUCGUAAUCACUAAAAGUAAGUCACACAUCAUUGCUCUAAAAUUGUAUAUCAAACCAUCUAUUUAUUCCGCAGGAAUUUUAUAAUUUGUUUUUUCUACAAGCAGAAUAAAUUAAUAAAAUUUUCGAGUACGAGCAUUGUCGACCAACAUUUAUAAAAUUCUUUUAUCGGAGAGAUGCCGCCCACACCUUCUAAUAAUGCGGAGAAUAAGCCAGCACAAUCCGACGAAUCCGCAACUGUUGCCGCUACUAAUUGCGAUGAUCAGGCCGCCACGUCUGGCCAUGUUCCGGAAAGCACUCAAGUUGAUCUAACACAUCGAGAUAUUGCUACUCCAACACUCGUCGGUACAACGGGAAAUGUUUGCGAAAAACAACUCGGGAAUAAGGUAGGACACGUUAACCCGUCUCUGGCCACUGGAGCGGUGCCGAAAGAAACAAGAAAGCCUCCCAGUUCGGUAGUUUCGAGACUAUCUAAUGCACUUAACGCUGUGAAUCUGAACGUCGCCGAGAACAUUCCGUUGCGGCGGUCGAAGCGGUACUAUCACUGUUCACUUUGUGACGAACGGGACAACAGUAGGAUGGUCCAGUGUGACUCAUGCGACAACUGGUACCAUUUUACCUGUGCGAAGGUGACUGAAGCAGUGGCAGAAGUAGACUGGAAUUGCCCAUCCUGCGGAGUCAGCAACCGGACAAAUACCCUCCACCCUGGAGACAACCGCUCUCUGGAACACGCCAGUGAUAUACUCCACCCAAGCAUUCAGCAACACGAAGUAGAGCAACGAAAUCAAGCCCAUCAUGGACGUCCUGAUGACCUUAUGUCGGUCCGAUCCGUGCGAUCUGUGGGUACCAGUUCCAAGGCGUCUUCUAACAGAAGCCGAGCAAGAAGAGCGAUGGAAUUGCAACUGCUCAAACUAGAAGAGGAUAGGGCCUUACAACAACAGUACCUAGAUCUUAAAUUUGCCAUUCUGCAAGCAUAUAAUAGUGAUGAUGAAGAAGACGACGUCGGAUCAAUAAUAGAUAAAGUUUCGAAAGUGGAGCAGUGGAUUCAGCGCACCGAUAACCUCGGUAAUAAGAAGUCAGGACUUCCAACCUCAGUGACCGCUGGACAGCCGCCGAGUAACUCGCAGCCUGUUGAGCACACCGCUCAUGGUCAUCGGAAUCCAUCAGCUACUAUGCGCCAGGCUACGCAUUUCGCUCCCACUAUGCCAAAUCACGAAGGAUUCUCGGUACGCUACGCGACUAAUCGAUGCGAGGGUGUUUCACACUCUCGCCCAACGUCAUGGCAACCAAAUUUAUUCAACCAAAGAGCAACGUUGAGUGGCGCUGAUUUCGUCCCUGGGCAGCGCUCUUCGCCUAAUGCUCCAAGACGUCGCUUCCACGAUGCUGGUUCCAUUGGCCACGAAGCAAAUUUUGCUCGAACAGGUGGUAUUCUGGAUUUCCCUCUGGCAACAGAAAAUGCUCAGCCACCGUGUAACUUGCAGCCGGGAGAAUUCACUGUCCGAGGUCAGGAAUCACAAUCAACCAUCUGUCUGCUUAAUCAAAGCCAACUGGCGGCACGCCAUGCAGUUCCCAAAGACCUACCGGAGUUCAAUGGUCGCAUGGAAGACUGGCCACUGUUUUUGGCCAUGUUUAACUCUUCAACGCAGAUGUGCGGUUUUUCUAACGAAGAAAACAUGUUGAGGUUGCGCAAAUGCUUGAAGGGAGAAGCCUUAAACCGGGUUAGAUGUGAAUUGCUGCAUCCCAACAACGUACCAAGUGUGAUGUCCACGCUCAAAAUGUUGUACGGGAAGCCUGAAGGGAUUAUACAAGCUGUAAUCCAAAAAGUAAGAGACCUACCAGCUCCGAAGGUCGAAAAGUUAGAUACACUAGUGGAUUUUGCGUUAUCCGUGAAAAAUCUCUGUGCUACCAUACAGGCAUGUGAGAUAGCGGAUUACAUGUACAGUUCAUCCCUCCGAUAUGAACUGGUGGAACGCCUACCACCGGCGCUGAAAAUGGAAUGGGCAAAAUCGUCUAGGGGCAAUCCUGUCCCUAGCUUACUUGAAUUCAGCACCUGGUUAUACGCUAUGGCAGAGGAUGCAAGCUCGGUGAUGGGAAUUCAAAACAGUGUAACAAGAAGCGAACCGAGGGCUCGAGGAAGGAAAGAAAACUUCCUAAACGUUCAUGUUGAAUCAGAUAAUGAGCACGGGAGCAUCCAACCCAAGGAUAAAAGAGAGUCUUCGACGUUAUGUGGCGUUUGCAAUGAGAGUUAUCCAUCAUUAGACAAGUGCACCAGGUUCUUGGAAUUCAGCUACGAUUCCAGAUGGGCCGCAGUAAGAGAGAUGAGGUUUUGUCGUAAAUGUCUUCGGCGGCAUAACAGUUCCUGCAACCAGAAGAAGCCGUGUGGUGUUAACGGAUGUACCUACUUGCAUCAUCCUCUGCUACACAGUAUGAAAAAGGUCGAACUGGAAGGAGUAACUGCAACAUCAAACAGUCGAGCAGCGUCUGGCGAUGCACCAGAAGGAAAUGUGAAUGUUCAUCAAGGAAAAACAAGCGACAUAUUGUUCCGUUUUGUUCCUGUCAUUUUAUAUGGACCUUCAAACGAAGUGCACACCUAUGCAUUUAUUGACGACGGUUCUGAGAUGACAUUACUGGAGCAAGGGUUGGCUGACGAACUUGGGGUUUCUGGAGAAAGAACACCAUUGUGCCUGAAGUGGACCGGUGGCGCGAAGAGAAUUGAGGGCAACUCUCAAAAGGUGGAACUGCAUAUCUCUGGAACAACAAGUGGAUCAAAAAAGUUUGCCAUGUCCAACGUGCGAACCGUAGACAAACUAAAGCUGCGACCACAAACGAUGAUCAUCGAUGACCUGCAAAAGCAAUUUCGUUAUGUGGAAGGACUUCCCAUUGAGUCAUAUCGUGAGAUUGCACCACGAAUUCUCAUCGGUGUUGAUCAUGCCACGCUUGGUCAUGUGAAGAAGAGUCGAGAAGGUAAGCCCAAGGAGCCCAUCGCUGUCAAAACGGGCCUAGGAUGGUGCGUAUACGGAUGCAUGAUAGCAAGCUCGUCCAAAAAUAGCAUCGUCAACCACCACGUUCUCGAUAUUUGUCCCUGUAACCAUGAAAAUGAAGAGUAUUUACACAGUGCCAUAAAAGAAUACUUUUCACUUGACAGUAUGGGAGUGGUCCAACCAGGACGUUUGCUCAUGUCCACGGAAGAUGAGAGAUCGUUACAGUUGCUAGAUACUCUAACACGUCGGAAGGGAGAUCGAUACGAAUCCGGUCUUCUCUGGAGAUAUGAUGGAGUACGGUUGCCAGACAGUAGAGCGAUGGCACUGAAGCGUUGGGAGUGCCUUGAACGUCGAAUGCAGAACGACCCGCUCUUGAAGGAAACCUUGAACACGAAGAUUGCGGACUACAUCGACAAAGGAUAUAUUCGAAAAUUCACCGACCUCGAGCUUGCAGAGAAGCAUCCCAGGGUGUGGUAUCUACCAGUCUUUCCUGUGGUAAACCCGAAUAAGCCUACGAAAACGAGACUGGUGUGGGAUGCAGCUGCCAAAGCUCACGAUGUUUCAUUGAACUCCGUUCUUCUCAAAGGACCCGACUAUUUGACGUCGCUACUGAGUGUGCUAAUGCAGUUUAGAGAAUACCGUGUUGCAGUGUGCGGAGACCUGAGGGAAAUGUACCACCAAGUACUAAUGCGCGAGGAGGACCAGCAUUGCCAACGGUUCUUCUGGGGGCACAAGGAUAGCUCAUCUGAACCAAACGUUUACGUAAUGCAGGUUUUAACGUUUGGAGCUUGCUGUUCUCCUAGCACAGCCCAAUAUGUAAAAAACAAGCACGCUAAACUGUACGAAGAAUCGCGACCGGCUGCUGUACGCGCAAUCAUCGAGCAUCACUAUGUCGAUGACAUGCUUAAGAGCGUUGAGACGGAAGCAGAAGCAGCUUCUAUUGCAGAGGACGUCAAGUGGAUCCAUGGACAGGCCGGCUUCGAGAUGAGGAAUUGGCUGUCUAAUUCUGAAAAGGUGUUGGCCAAUUUGGAGGGAAUCCAGGAGACCGAAAAGAGCUUAAACGUUAGCGACGGCGUGACAACCGAAAAGAUUUUAGGAAUGUGGUGGAACACAAAGAAAGAUCCCACCAGAUGUGAGGAAGACCUGCUGGCCGGACGACGACGGCCGACUAAAAGAGAAUCUCAAGGUUCUUCUGCAAGAGAUUUGGCGGUCGGGCAUCGACUGGGAUGA